CUUUAGGUUGUCAAUAAGAUCAUAAUGUCCUAUUAUUUUGGCAGAGAAUGCAAGGAGCGAAGCUAUGUUAAUUUUGCUUUAUUUUGGACACCGAUGAAUAUUGUGACUUUGAGAACAAAUUCGAGAAAGAGAGAAAUAUAAGAAGCCGAGAAUAGCCUCUUGACAUGGCUUCUACCUGUCCUUGUGAAACUGGAAUGGCCUUCGGGCCACCAGUAAGCCCUCAAUCAUAAAAAAAGGCUUCUCCUAAUAUAGUAAGUUUUAGUAAGCUCUCGCUUUUUACUGUGGCUUAUUAUUGAAGGUUGAAGAAUUUGAAUAGCUAACAUUAGACUAAAAUACUGAAUAGCUAAUGGUCGUUCAGUACGGUACUUUAAACUAAAAAGCGAUUUCAAUCUUCAGUUUUAUAAAAUAUGUGUAUUAUCUAUGUUCAAUCGAUAGCUGUCAAAUACCAUAAAUACAGUCAAAUUGAAAAAUUCAUUAAAUAAAAUAUCCUAAGCGCUAACAGUAGAAUUGUUAAUGGUAUUACUGUAUAUAAAUAUUCAGAUACUGUUAUAUACGUUACACAGUAGCGGGGAAACAUGGCACACCAAGAAGACUACGAUCUAUUUCCCGAAGAAAACGUUUACAUAAAUCCAGAAGAUGGAAUGCCUAAUAUUCAUCCUAAUAUAGUUAAUUUUGAACAAGAAAGUGAUACUCAAGAUGAAGUCGACAACUUUGAUGACCUACCUAAAUCUGUUAUUGUAACAAACAUUAAUAGCAUCGUUUUUUCUGAUGAAAAAUUGAAAAAAGAGAUGGAAGACUUAUUCCGUACAUUUUCGGAAAAUGUAACGUUUCAGUGGCUCCGCAGUUUCAAAAGAUUACGCGUUAAUUAUGACAACCCCUUAGCUGCCGCAAAUGCACGAAUUCAAUUACAUCAAUACCAAUUUUAUGAUUCAUGCAUAAAUUGCUAUUUUGCCCAACCUGUGACACCAAUUUCAUUUAAGAAUCUCAGACCCCCGGCGCCUGUUAAGCAAUUUUUGAUUUCACCUCCAUCAAGUCCUCCAGUUGGCUGGGAGCCUCGAGAAGAAGGUGAACCCAUUGUGAAUCAUGACCUUUUAGCGGCACUUGCAAGUUUAUCUCCUGGUGAAAGUCGAGAGCUACACGCACCCACACCAACACAACCAGCCAUUGUAGUGCACACUGCAAUAUCAGAGGUUUCUCCUCCGCCUGGUGCAAAAAAAAUUCCUCACACUCGUUGUCCAGAAUACUGAUAAAAUGCCUUAUGAAUUAAUAAUGUUGACAUAAAAUAGAAUUUUAAUGCUUUUAUAAAAAACUCAUGUCAUGUUUGUGAUGUGUAAAGCCAAAGAUGUUAAUUUAUUUAGCUGAAAAAUAGCCAUCAUGGAAAAGGCAUAGUUGUAUAUGAUAGUCAACUCAACUCACCAAUGAUAAACUACUUAAUUUGUUAUAGAUUUGCAUACUUUUAUUAAUUAAUCAUAUUGUAAAUUCAAUUGAAGUUGGAUUGGUGCUACAUUCUAUUAAAGGGUAAUCAUAAAAAUUGUUUUACAAACAUUUUAUGGUUUAAUAAGAAAUUUAAUCUGAAUAGUUCCAGACAGAAGGAAAACCAAUUGUGCGAUAGAAUUUUAAAUUAUAAAUAUUGUUAAAGUAAUAGUUUAGUAAGCUAAAAGCCUGCAGUUAUGACUAUAGUUCAAAACAUAUCAGUCAUUGAAGCAUAUUAAUGAAAAUACAAAAGAUUGCUUUCUUGAGCUUACAAAAAAUAUGAACAUAUAUCUUUUUUAUCUUACAUAUUAUUUUGUUACUAUUUGCUGUAGUUUAUUUUAUUUGCAAUAUGAACAUCAUUUAAUAUUGUUUGGGCUUGUUAAUAAUGUUUUCAGUUUGUGGGUAUACUUGAUUCAAAGAAAAAAAAAAGUAUUGUCACAUUUCUUAUAAUGUUCCUGAUACAUUUAACUGAAAAUUUUCAUCAGUUUAGUUUCAGAUAAAAUAAAAAAGUGCUAUGGGACCCAAAAUUCUUGGGAGGAACUGUUUGUUUUUGAAGAGGUUUCUAUAUCUACUCAUUCUCACCUUAUAUAUUUAAUUUUAACAAAAAAAAAGAACUUUUUACUUACUUAUUGGCUUCUUUGACGUUAUUAAUAUUAUUUGCAAAUACUAUUAGUGAUAAUAUAGUAAUAUUAUGUUAAUAAAAGAUGUUCUUUAAAAAUAACCAACAUUUUUGUUAAUUUUUUUUAAGAAACUUAUAAAUUCGAAUUUAUUUUUGCAGCUGUUGAAAAUUACUAGUUAGAUAAGUGUUAUAAAAAUUUAGACAUAGUUAAAAAGUUUUGUGAUAAAACAAAGUGACACAAAGUUUUGUAAAUAAUAAAAUUAUUUUUGAGAUUUUCGAAUAUUUUAAGUACAGAUAAAAUGCAGUAGUAAAAAAAGGUUUGUUGACUUUUACUAGGAAGCAUAAUUUAUCUGGUUGUCUAAAUUAAACUCCACUGGUUGUCUAAUUGAAUGGAACAUAUAAUAUGUUCAUUUUUGUGGUGGUGUGUUUAUUUAAUGUAAAAGUAAAGAUUUUUUUUUAUCAAGAAUUCUAAUAAAAUUAAUGAAAAUACAAAAUAAACCAAACAUAACAUAGGUAUCUAUGUUUUUGCUGAAUUAUAUGAACAUUAUUAGAAAACAUAAAA